GAACUGGAGUUAUACAAAGACGAACUUCUAACAAAGCCUGCACUUCUUGCCAUCAAUAAAAUGGAUUUGCCUGGUGCAAAGGAUGACUUGAAUGAACUUAUGAAACAACUACAGAAUCCUCAAGACUUCUUACACGUACUACAGGAAGAAGUGAUUCCUGCAAAUACACUUGAAUUCAAGGAUAUAAUUCCUAUAUCUACAUAUACUGGAGAAGGAAUUGAGGAACUUAAAGCAUGUAUAAGAAAAUCUGUAGAUGAGGAGGCAGAGAAGGAGAAUGAAGAAUACCGGAAAAAGAAACUACUACUUUUACAAACUUCAGAAGAACGGAUGAAUAGAAGCUAG